CCAAAUUGUUUAACCAUGUUUCAAGUUUAUCGAUGUAUGACACACAAUUUGCCUUAGCUUUCCCUCGAAUUGAAGGCGGGCAAGGUUUCUCGAAUGGAAAAAAAAAUGUGGUAUGUUCUAGGAGCUUCUGCAACCGCGACAUCAGAAACAUAGUAUAAAUUCUUCAAACAGGGAGAACCUAAUAUUAUUUUUCUGUUGUAAAUUUUCCCCAAGAAGGAGAAGAGUUUGCAAAUUAGGCGGAAUGGCGAAUAACUCAGGGAAAUUGCUUAGGACGCUCUAUGGCGUUCAAAGGAUCUCUUCGUUCUCUGCCUAUAGUCUGACAGGAAACACCCUUUGCAGAACACCACACAAAGACAACCUGACAAAUAUAGCGCCGGCAAUAGUUAAGAAUAAUACAAUUGGCACUAUAAGACGGAUAAGCGGUUUGUAUAAUGUUAACAAGGCAGCUGGAGGUAGAGGUGCUGUGCAAAGACAAAUGCUUUAUUCCAAUCCUUGCAGACAAUACAGUGCGGGAAGGGCUGGUCAGAUCGAUCAAUCAGAAUUUACGGAAAUGGCAUGGGAGGCCCUUGCAGGUUCAGUGGAUGCAGCAAGGCUAAGCAAGCAACAGGUCGUUGAAACAGAACAUCUAAUGAAAUCUCUACUUGAGCAAAAGAAUGGACUUGCACGGAGGAUUUUCACCAAAGCUGGAAUCGAUAAUACAACUAUUCUUCAAGCUACAGAUCAAUUUAUUUCUCAGCAACCAAAGGUACUUGGUGAUACUACAGGUCCUUUGGUAAGUCCAAAUUUGACUGCAUUGCUAGAUCAAGCUAGAGUUCACAAGAAGGAAUUUGGAGAUGAUUUUUUAUCGGUGGAGCAUAUGGUGCUAGCAUUCCUAAAAGAUAAACGGUUUGGACAACAAAUUUACAAGGACCUUCAACUUACAGCAAAGGAUUUGAAGGAUGCUGUGCAAGCUGUGCGAGGGAAUCAAAAGGUCACUGACCAGAAUCCUGAGGGAAAAUACGAAGCUUUAGAAAAGUAUGGAAAGGAUUUAACAGAAAUGGCCCGACAUGGGAAACUUGAUCCUGUUAUUGGUCGUGAUGAUGAGAUUAGACGAUGUAUUCAGAUUCUUUCAAGGAGAACAAAAAAUAAUCCUGUUAUUAUUGGCGAGCCUGGUGUUGGAAAGACUGCAAUUGCUGAGGGGCUUGCUCAACGUAUUGUACGAGGAGAUGUUCCAGAACCACUUAUGAACCGGAAGUUGAUCUCAUUAGACAUGGGUGCACUUAUUGCUGGAGCUAAAUUUCGUGGAGAAUUCGAAGAGAGAUUGAAGGCAGUUUUGAAAGAAGUGACGGCAUCAAAUGGACAGGUCAUUCUGUUUAUCGAUGAGAUUCAUACAGUUGUUGGAGCAGGUGCUACAGAAGGAUCUAUGGAUGCAGGCAACUUGUUGAAGCCCAUGCUUGGACGAGGAGAACUACGUUGUAUUGGAGCCACGACCCUCAACGAAUACCGCAAAUAUAUUGAGAAGGAUGCCGCACUUGAGCGCAGAUUUCAACAAGUAUAUGUGGGUCAACCAUCAGUUGAAGAUACUAUAUCUAUUCUUCGUGGAUUACGUGAGCGUUAUGAAUUGCAUCACGGAGUCAGAAUUUCUGAUGGUGCACUGGUUGCAGCUGCAGUGCUUUCAGAGCGAUAUAUUACUGAGCGUUUCUUACCUGAUAAAGCAAUUGAUCUCGUUGAUGAAGCUGCUGCAAAAUUAAAAAUGGAAAUGACAUCAAAGCCUACCGAACUGGAUGAAGUAGACAGAGCUGUGAUCAAGUUGGAGAUGGAACGCUUGUCUCUGAAAAAUGAUACUGAUAAAGCAUCAAAAGAACGACUUAGUAAGUUGGAUGCUGAUUUAGAGGCACUUAAACAAAAGCAAAAAGAGCUUGCAGGGCAGUGGGAGCAAGAGAAAGCACUCAUGACUCGCAUCCAGUCCAUAAAAGAAGAAGUGGACAGGGUCAAUUUGGAGAUGCAAGCAGCUGAACGCGAGUAUGACUUAAAUAGAGCAGCGGAACUGAAGUAUGGGACACUGAUGUCUCUUCAGCGACAAUUGGAAGAAGCUGAAAACAAGCUUUCCGAAUACAGGAAGGGUGGGAAAUCAAUGCUUCGUGAGGAAGUGACAGAUGUUGACAUUGCUGAGAUUGUGAGUAAGUGGACUGGUAUUCCAGUUUCAAACCUGCAACAAACAGAGAGGGAGAAGCUUGUUUUCUUAGAAGAAGUGCUCCACAAGAGGGUUGUGGGUCAGGAUAUUGCAGUCAAGUCUGUAGUAGAUGCAAUUCGACGAUCCAGAGCAGGCCUUUCUGAUCCUAACAGGCCCAUUGCAAGUUUCAUGUUUAUGGGUCCAACUGGAGUGGGGAAGACUGAAUUGGCUAAAGCUCUGGCAGGUUAUCUUUUUAAUACUGAACAUGCACUUGUGAGGAUUGAUAUGAGUGAAUAUAUGGAAAAGCAUUCUGUCUCUCGUCUAGUUGGUGCUCCUCCUGGGUAUGUUGGCUAUGAAGAGGGUGGACAACUAACAGAGUCUGUCCGUAGGAGACCUUACUCUGUAGUACUAUUUGAUGAAAUUGAAAAAGCUCACUCUGAUGUAUUCAACAUCCUCCUCCAGUUGUUAGAUGAUGGGAGGAUAACUGAUUCUCAAGGGCGCACUGUUAGCUUUACAAAUUGUGUCAUUAUCAUGACAUCAAAUAUUGGGUCCCAAUAUAUUUUGGAGACACUUCAAAGUGCACUAGAUUCUAGAGAGGCAGUUUAUGAAUUAAUGAAAAAACAAGUAAUAGAAGUUGCUCGGCAGACAUUUCGGCCAGAGUUCAUGAAUCGUAUUGACGAGUACAUUGUUUUCCAGCCUCUAGACUCUCAUCAAAUAAAGCAUAUUGUUCAAAUACAGCUUGAGCAUGUACGGUCUCGACUAAAGCAAAAGAAGAUCAAUCUCAAUUUCACUGAUGAUGCUGUUGCGGUGCUUGGUAUGCUUGGCUUUGACCCUAACUUUGGUGCAAGGCCAGUAAAGAGGGUGAUCCAGCAAAUGGUGGAGAAUGAACUUGCAUUAGCUUACCUUAAAGGCGAGUUCAAGGAAGAUGACACAGUCUUAGUUGAUGCAGAGACUACUGAUCCUAUGCAUCAGAAGAAGCUAGUCAUUAAAAAGAUUGAGCCUAUUGAUAUCCAGGCUGAUAAUGAGGUUUUGGUUGCAAGCCAUUAACAUGUAAACCAAGAGCGGGCUUCCAUAUUACACGAGAGGGGAGCAUAAUUUUUCUGUUGAUGUACGUACAGAUAUCAGUUAUCUGCCAAAAUAUAGUUUUGUAAAGAUAUUUACUAUCUGUUUGGCAGUUUAAGGAAACACAAAAAGUUAUACGCAUAUAUCAGUUUAAGCCAAAGUCAGUUUACACUGGAGGCAGAUUUAUGUUUUUACAUAAGCUAUUUGGUCCAUUCGGUCAGUCCUGAAAAUCUUACAAUUGCAAUUUCUGUAAAUUAUUGACUGCAUUUUAUUGUUUUGGGUCAUGCAAAUGCAUCUAGGUAAAUGAGAAAAAGCAUAUAUUCAGGCUGAACUUGUUUCA